CCUAGGAACAUAAACAGAUCUCUGUUCCUAUCCUCAAGCAUGCUGCGCAGUGAAGAAUACGAACACAAAACAAGUUUUACUCGAAAAUCCCCUGUCCUCGGUGUCGUUGGUGUUUUAUAUAAUCCACCUAGUUAAUAUUGUCUUUAUCGACCAGUGAGCCUACGAAACGUCUACUCAAAAGCAUGUGGAAUGAAGACAAGCCAUCUCAAAGCUUUUUUUGGCUUCACUGAAUUUCUCAGGUCUACCCAAAAGCAUGUGGGAUGAAAAGACAAUUGUCAUCUCACAGCUUCUUUCGACUUCAUUACUUUUCUCAGUCAUUAUUGAGGUUCAGUUCCUUAUUUCAACUAUGGGAGUGGCAGCUCCGGGCAGUGACAUCACCCUUAGCUGCUCUUUCCCUCCGUCUGAAAACCUGAACCUCAACCACCUGAUCGUCAACUGGCAGCAUGGAGAAUCAGAGGUGGUCCACAGCUAUUACUAUGGGAGAGAUCAGCUGGAAAGACAGAGUGUUGUUUACAAGGGACGCACUCAUCUGUUUGAAGACCAGCUCACUGUGGGAAAUGCCUCACUUAGACUGAGUGGUGUGCAACCGGGUGACCAGGGCCAGUACACCUGUGAUGUGACAGAUGAACAGGGAAGCACCCAGGAAAAGCUACUACUUUUAGUGGCAGCCCCCUUCAUGGAGCCCCAGCUCUCUGUACAGUCAUCCUGUGACAGCUUCAUCAUCACCCUCAACUCCUCCCAGGGUUUCCCCCAGCCUAAUGUGCUGUGGACAGACUCCAUUGGAGGAGACAUCUCCAAUCAGAGCCACAGCCAUAUUGGCCUGGACAGCAGGGGGCGCUAUGAGGUCCACAGCUCCAUGGAGGUCAGGCCAAACGGUACACUCACCAUCAUUACUGAAAUGAGACUGGAUGUUCUCAAUCAAAGCUUCACCCGCUCGCUCACCCUCCACCCACUCCCAGAAUGCUGUGAGGUGCCUCUUGCAACCAGGGGGCAGACCGGCUUUGUGUGCUGUGUGAUGCCUGCUGAGCAGAAGAGCAGAUUGUUGACGUAUCCCCUGCUGCUAAUGCUGCUGGGAUUGGUGCUCCUGUUAUCCAGGAAGAGGUCUGAGCAGGAGACCUAA